AACGUCACACCUUAAUUACACCACUGUAUUCCCAGCUCCGACUACACAAAGACAGCUCCAAGAAGCCUCGGAAAAUGUAUUCCAACUCCGGCCACUCUAACGGCUUCCACCACGGCGACUCUUCCUCCGAAAAGCGGCCUGGAACCGUCCAGAAAGGCCGCCCCCGCCGGGGAAGAGCUAGCAGGUCCUCCAAUGGCGGCGGAGUGAGGGUUUCUGAAGAUGAGCAGAUGAAGCAAGUGGAGGGACUUCCUUGUACCGAUUUUGACAUGGCCUACUUUCAAUCGUACUCGCACGUUGGUAUUCAUGAAGAAAUGAUCAAGGAUAGCGUGCGGACUGAAACUUAUAGGGCGGCGAUUAUGCAACAUCAGAGUUAUAUUGCUGGCAAAGUUGUAAUGGAUGUUGGCUGUGGCACUGGUAUCCUCUCCAUAUUUUGUGCUCAGGCUGGUGCUAGGCGGGUUUAUGCAGUUGAUGCAAGUGACAUAGCAGUGCAGGCCACAGAGGUUGUUAAGGCUAAUAAUUUAUCGGAUACUGUUAUUGUAUUGCAUAGUAGAGUUGAGGAUGUUCAAAUUGAUGAGGAUGUGGAUGUUAUUAUUUCUGAGUGGAUGGGAUAUAUGCUUUUAUACGAGAGCAUGCUUGGAAGUAUAAUUUAUGCCAGAGAUCGGUGGUUAAAACCUGGAGGCCUUAUACUGCCAUCAAAUGCAACAUUGUACAUGGCACCUGUCACUCACAGUGACCGAUACAGUGCGAGCAUUGAUUUCUGGCGCAGUGUAUAUGGAAUUGAUAUGUCAGCGAUGUUGCCAUUAGCUAAACAGUGCGCUUUUGAAGAGCCAUCGAUUGAGACAAUAUCAGGAGAGAAUGUUUUGACAUGGCCGGAAGUGGUAAAGCAUGUAGACUGCCUCACGGUUUCAAUUGGCGAGCUCGAGUCUGUCACAAAAAGUUACAAGUUCAAGUCAAUGAUGCGAGCUCCGUUGCAUGGUUUUGCAUUCUGGUUUGAUGUGGAGUUUUGUGGGCCUGCUACCGCCAUGCAUGGUCUAGUGCCCUCAAAUUCUGAUGAUAAUCAAGUGAAUGAUGGUAGCCAGAGGAAGAAACGUGCAAAUCCAAAUGAAGCACUUGUACUGUCCACGGCACCUGAGGAUCCUCCAACCCAUUGGCAGCAGACAUUAAUCUACUUCUAUGACCCAUUAGAGGUCGAACAAGACCAAAUAAUUGAAGGCUCUGUUACUUUGUCACAAAGCAGAGAAAACCGUCGGUUCAUGAAUAUUCGCCUCGAAUACGUUUCAGGUGGGCGAUCCUUUGUAAAAGAGUCGGUGAUGAGGUGAUAUCUAUUCUUUGCUUUGUUUCUUGAUGUGUAGUGUCUGUGAGCCUUCUUGAGGCUUAACCUUCCUGAAACAAUUUUCCAAGCAACUCUAGGAAUUACUACUCAGACUAACAUUUUUAGAAUUUGAAGUGUCUGGAAGCUGCUGGUUUGGUUGACCUAAGAGACAGUUGACUCUUGACCGUGUUUUUGCUUUGCGAUUGCUUGAUUCGAUUUCUUCGUCACAUUGUCUUCUCUUCGGGAAAGAUGUAGGCUAAGAUUGAUACAAGACUCCAUGAAGAAUUCUUUUAUUGAAAUGUAAUACUACAUUGAUAUUACAAUUGUAGGACUUAUCCCCUUCAAAUUCUCAAGGACGAGUAUUUUUCCAUCAUGUAAGAUUAUAGAACUCCCACCAUUUAUUUUUUAAAUGCCCAAGUUCAAUCUAGAAGUAUGAUCAUUUUCUCUCUC